UUAGUUUGCAAGCAAAACUUUAGUGUCAAUUUGAAAGCUAAACAUUUUGUUUGAAACUCUGACAUUGACUAACAUGGGGAAAAUAUGAUAAACUUAAAUAUUGCUGUUAUGUUAUUUUACCGUGUAACUUUAGAAACAGCAUUCAUAAAUAUAACGCUUUAAUUAGCAGAUAAUUUGCGUAAAUAACGACCCUCAACAUUAAUUCCUCCUCAUUAAUAUCAAUAUCAAGUUGUGAGUGAAGUGAUAGGUUUCCAUUUUAAAACCAAUUCAAUUGUGUUGAGUUAUUCAUUAAGUUUUUUUGUUCCUACUCACUCAGACAUUUCGCAUGUUGACGGUGCAACAUAAGACCACUGAGUGGGACUCUCCUCUCAGGAGGGGAGGGAGGCCACUUCCACCGGAGGGAGGAAGAGGAUCGGGGGGGAGGAAGAGGGUUGAGUGGACGCGGCUGUGACAAAAAGCCGAUUACAGAAGGCCACUGAGUCCUCUGUGGCAAUUUGCAUCCAUCCUCUCCUGGUCAUUCGAGAGGAAAACACAUCCGCGGACCAAGUUUGCGGUUUUUCACGGAGCAGGAUUCAUUCACCAGCAAAACAUUUUACAACUUUUCUAGUUUUUUUUUAUGUAUAACUUCGAGGCUUUCACUUUUGAGUGUUGUAGUUUUUUAACUUGGACGCAAAAUACUAAAUGGAAGUUUUAAUAAACAUUUAGAUCUCGAGACAAGUUACAGAAAAACUUUAAACUUUUUUUUUUUCAGUUUUAAGUGAAAACCAUACAGAAAUGACCAGCCCUUCUAGGAGCAUAGACGAUCAGAGAGGAACCGGAGAAAGUCCGGCUCACAAAGCGGAGACCUCCCGGUACCGCAGCUGGAGCAGCCUGCGCUUCUCCAGAUGGAGGAGCAGCUCCCAGAGGACGACUCCUCCGAGCACCCCCUCUCCAAAGACCGAGAAGAGAAGCGACAUUUCCAGGACUCUCUUCACUCUGGUCAAGACCCACAAUGACGACUACACGGCAGACCCGGACGGCAGCCUGGACAUGGGCGCAGAGGCCGAGGUCGGCCUGGAUGACCUGCUGCAGGAUCAGUCCACGUACUUCCAGAAGCAGUUCGGCUCCAUGCUGCAGCCCGGCGUCAACAAGUUCUCACUGCGCAUGUUCGGCAGCCACAAGGGGGUCGCAGCAGAGCAGGAAAGGGUCAAGAGCUUUGGGGUGUGGAUCAUCCACCCCUACAGUGAUUUCAGGUUUUACUGGGAUAUUGUGAUGCUUCUUCUGAUGAUGGGUAAUCUGAUCAUCCUGCCCUGGGGAAUCACCUUCUUUGAAGACCAAAACACCAUACCCUGGAUUAUCUUCAAUUUCCUGUCUGACACGCUCUUCCUCAUGGAUCUGGUCUUUAACUUUCGUACCGGUAUCCCGGGAGAGGACAGUCACAUUAUUCUGGACCCCAAAGAGAUCCGCAUGCACUACCUCCGCACCUGGUUCCUGGUAGACUUUGUUUCCUCCAUCCCUGUUGAUUACAUUUUUCUAAUCGUUGACCUGGAGUCCCGCCAUGAGUCGUCUGAUGUGUACAGGACGGCCCGUGCUCUGAGGAUUGUGCGUUUCACCAAGAUCCUCAGCCUGCUGCGUCUUCUCCGACUCUCACGUCUCAUCCGAUACAUCCAUCAGUGGGAAGAGAUUUUCCACAUGACUUAUGACUUGGCCAGUGCUGUGGUGCGUAUAGUCAACUUGAUUGGUAUGAUGCUGCUGCUGUGUCACUGGGAUGGCUGUCUGACCUUCAUGGUUCCUAUGCUGCAAGACUUUCCUCCAGACUGUUGGGUAUCUAAAAACAACAUGGUGAACUCCACCUGGCAUAUACAAUACUCCUACGCCCUGUUCAUGGCCAUGAGUCACAUGUUAUGUAUAGGAUACGGCGCUCACCCUCCAGAGGGCAUGACCGAUGUUUGGCUCACCAUGAUCAGCAUGGUUGUUGGGGCUACCUGCUAUGCCAUGUUCCUGGGUCACGCAACUAACCUGGUCCAAUCUUUGGAUGCAUCCCAUCGCCAGUAUCAGGAGAAGUACAAGCAAGUGGAGCAGUAUAUGUCGUUUCAUAAAUUGCCAGCCGAUGUGCGGCAGAGGAUUCAUGAUUACUAUGAGCACCGAUUCCAAGGCAAGAUGUUUGAUGAAGACAGUAUACUGGGAGAACUCAGCGACCCACUGAAGGAGGAGAUUGUCAGCUAUAACUGCCGUGGACUUGUCGCCAACAUGCCGCUCUUUGCCAACACCGACCCUCACUUUGUCACCGUGAUCCUGACCAAGCUGCGCUUUGAAGUUUUCCAGCCGGGAGACUAUGUAAUACGAGAGGGAACACUGGGUCGGAAAAUGUAUUUCAUCCAGCAUGGCACCGUCACGAUUAUCCCGCGUGGCAGUAAGGAGUUAAUGCUCAGUGAUGGAGCCUACUUUGGAGAGAUCUGCCUACUAACUCAGGGCCGACGGACGGCCAGCGUGAGGGCCGACACUUACUGUCGCCUUUAUUCGCUGAGCGUGGACGACUUCAACGAAGUCCUGGAGGAGCAUCCUCUGAUGAGGCGGGCGUUUGAGAGCGUGGCUGUGGAGCGACUAGAUCGAGUUUCACGUAGAUCCAGUUAUCAGCCUCCAACAACUGAGUCUGAGUGAAAUAAGAAGAAAGAGAAAGAGACUCCAGACAGACAGAUAAAGCACUUUUCAACAGAGCUCAAGAAAAUAAAAAAUACAGAUGUUAUUAAAUGCUGCAUCACUUGAUUGAAACUAUUGCACGUUCAUUAAUUAGAAUUUGUCACUUGAAUAUUAAAAUCCAACAUAAUGUUUACUUGGAUUUUAUUAAUGUUCACAAACUGAAUAAACCUUUGUCAUUG